GCCGUCGCAAUCCAAGCCAGUCCAAUUUACAAUGGCGAUGGUCGGAUGCGUUACUGGCGUUACUUUGUUUACAACGCACUUCUAUUCCCCUUGAAAACGUUGGUUUUGGUGUGUACUUGCUUACGUCCACUUACGAGCGACUUUGUAUUCUCUACAGCGUCACUGAUCGAAGAGUUCAUAAACCGAAAUACCAUGUCCUCCUCAAAUAGGCUACGGAUCGACGAGGCAGAGUACGGCCAAGUGGGGAUGUCUCCUAGCUCCGAACACAACUCUGGUAAAACCUCCAGUUCUUCCAGUGUCCGUACCGUCGAUUCACCAAUACCCGCUAUGGCACCGCCUUUACCGACGAUACAGUCCGUACGGAGCUUAUCCGAAGACGCAGCUACACACGCGAACUGUUCGUCGUCACUACCAGCAAACAACCCGACCUCCCAUGCAAGGACCUACGACAACUUCCCAGGGUUCGGUGUAAAGCUGGGAAGACCCAAAGGAAGGCUGCAGUUCUCUACCUACUUUUCACCCGACGAGUUCAGGCCCCAUUACACCAUCAAGGCCUGUUCCGCCAACGGCGGCGCGGUGGUGGCGAAAGGCGAGCACGCGUACGCGUUUUGCGACGUCGAACACGGCAAGGCUGUGAUCGAAACCCUCGACCGAAAGAUCGCCGCCGUGCUCCAGAAGACGGCUGCUAUUCGUAGGAAGCUGUCCGGACACCGGACUCGAUACAAGCGGAACAGGGACCUCCUGAAGCAGCUCAACGAACUGCGGGAGUUUCGGAAGCUUCCCAAGCUCGUGUUCAAUCCUUCGCAGAAACGCAUGAAUCGCGAGGCCGUUGCGGCGCCUGUGAACUCUGCCGGUGUGACCAACGUCGCCAAGGGGUCUGGCAGCACGUGCGAUCAGUUGCGCUUGGACGACGAUAUAAUUGUUUGUGAAGAAACUGCAGGUUAACAAGAUGCUGUGGAGCCUCGCUUAAAGGCGCUUUCGUUUUUUUGUUUUUUUUGUGGAUGCACACAUUGAGGAAAUUUUUUUUUAAAUUUAAUUCACAGUCACUAACAAGGUGAGAACGACAGGGAGGAGCUUCAGUAGUUUUGCCUCCAGCGUCGGCUUCCUACCUUCGACAAGGCAUCAAUGCCUCGUGUACCUCGAGCAUGCGUGCGCAGCCAAAGCAUGGCAAAAGGCAUAGAGCAUGUGCUGGGGGACGGACGUUCGAAAGACAUGCCCUGCCAUUCUCAUUCUGUCAGUGACUCCGAGUACCUGCCACGUUUUGGUCACUGUUGCAUAUGAUGUGCCCGACCUUGUUUUUCUUGUUUCCAGAUGUAGAUUUGAACUUUCUUCCAACAGCCCCAGUACAUCAGACCUUGGAAAAUAAACUAAAAAAAUAA